AUGCUCAGUGUUUUGCUGACACUGAUAAACGACCUACUUCUUGAAGAACUCUCUGCGUCUCCUGGUCGUCCUCUACAUUUUAUCCACGACAACAGUCGGAACCAAUUUCAUGUCCAGACCCACAGCAGUCUGGUUGACUCUACACUUCCCCUUCCUGAGUGUGGGAAGGCCUUCAGCGAUUCCUCCUCCCUGCGGACACACCGGCGUGUCCACACGGGGCAGAGGCCCUUCAGCUGCCCCGAGUGUGGGAAGGCCUUUACCUACGUCUCCUCCCUGCUGAGGCACCAGCGUGUCCACACCGGGGAGAGGCCGUUCACCUGUUCUCAGUGUGGGAAGGGCUUCAUCUGCUCCUCCAUCCUGCGGAGCCACCAGCGGGUCCACACCGGGGAGAGGCCGUACAUCUGCUCUCAGUGCGGGAAGGCCUUCAGCACAUCCUCCACCCUGCUGACCCACCAGCAGGUCCACACCGGGGAGAGGCCGUACAUCUGCUCUCAGUGCGGGAAGGCCUUUACCCAGUCCUCCCACCUGCGGACCCACCGGCGUGUCCACACGGGGCAGAGGCCCUUUCGCUGCCCCGAGUGUGGGAAGGCCUUUACCCACGUCUCCACCCUGCUGAUGCACCAGCGUGUCCACACCGGGGAGAGGCCGUUCACCUGCUCUCAGUGCGGGAAGGGCUUCAUCUGCUCCUCCCAACUGCGGAGCCACCAGCUGGUCCACACGGGGCAGAGGCCCUUCAGCUGCCCCGAGUGUGGGAAGGCCUUCAGCAGAUCUUCCUCCCUGCGGAGACACCAGCGUGUCCACACCGGGGAGAGGCCGUUCAGCUGCCCCGAGUGUGGCAAGACCUGCAGCACAUCUUCUGCCCUGCUGACGCACCAGCGGAUCCACACCGGGGAGAGGCCUUACACCUGCUCUCAGUGCGGGAAGGGCUUCACCUGCUCCUCCCACCUGUGGACGCACCAGCGAGUUCACGUGCCAUCGCAGGGGGAUUGAAGGAGUGACGACCAAGUCCCACUAUCGAUUAGAAUAUCAACCCGGUUCCGGGGACUCCCAGGUUCGAAUCCCGCCACGACAGAUGGCAGAAUUGGUAUUCGGUCAGAAAUGUGGAAUUCGGAAUCUAACGAUGAGACCAUUUCAGGGAGGGGGUGGUAGGGGGAGAAAGCCCCCAUCUGAUUCCCUCUCUCCCUUGUUAGGGAAGGGAACCGCCAUUGUGGGAAAGGAUACACUCAAGUCGUUCCAGCUGCAUCCUUUACCCGGUCUUGCCUACACGUGACUCCAGACCCACAGCAGUCUGGUUGACUCUACACUUCCCCUUCCUGGCAAAGGAGCGGGGAGAAACUUAACUGGAGACAGGGAAUGGGUUGAAAUUGCUGAGUGAGGCAACACUUCCUCCGGGUUAUGGCUGUACCAAGGAUCCAAUUUCAAAGGGACAGCUUGGUGCUGACCAAUAGUAAAGACAGUGAGGUGGGGGGAACAGGGGAGGUGUGGUGUGUGCACUUUCACCUUGAGCUGUUCAAAAAGCAACUACUUUUUCUCUGCCUCUUUGCUGGGGGGAUCUGAAACUGUAACAA